UCGCCUUCCGGUUCUCGUAGGAGCCACUACGGCGCCCCUGCACUGCACCAGCAGCCCGGCCUACAACCAAACCGGAGCGGGAACCUGAGCAGACAGAGGGCGCGCGCCGCGCUCCAGUGUCACGUGACGCGACCGAGCACGUGACCGGCGGCCCUGGCGCUUGCGCUCGCUCCCGGUUUUGGGGGAGGAGGAGCCGGCUACGGCGGCGGCGGCGGCGCAGCGGAGUCAGGGCCUGGCCGGGCGGCGGUGCGGGCGGGCGAGCGGGCGAGCCGGACAGGUCCUUGCUCAGCCGCUGGCUGCUGAAUCCGCGCCCUCCCGAGGGCCGUGCGCACCAGGCGCGUUCGCGACUCCCCGGCGACGGGCACCCCGCACCGGGCACCCGCGGAUUCCGUCUUGCGGGCGCUUCCCCUAGGUGUGCGGGAGCGGAGUACAUGGCGUUGCCCGCGGCCUGCCUCUGAGGAGCUGCGCUGCCCGCCCUGCGGGGGAGGAACCCCGAGCACGCAGGUAAAGGCCUGGUUUUGCAAGUUACAGAAGUCUAUGACACUGUGAGUGAUCCAUUUCACUAAUGCAGAGAUGUCAGCUUAUUUAUAGGAAUUGUCCAAAGUCACAGUCAUGGUGGAUGUAGGAAAGUGGCCAAUCUUCACUCUGCUCUCACCCCAGGAAGCUGGAUCUAUCAGGAAAGCAUGUGUCUUUGGUACCUCUGCCAAUGAGGCGAUCUAUGUCACUGACAAUGAUGAGGUCUUCGUGUUUGGACUGAACUACAGUAACUGUCUAGGAACUGGAGAUAACCAGAGCACUCUGGUGCCCAAGAAACUAGAAGCUUUGUGUGGAAAAAAGAUCAAAAGCCUUAGUUACGGGAGUGGCCCCCACGUCCUCCUCACCACUGAAGAUGGAGUCGUCUAUGCCUGGGGCCAUAAUGGAUACAGCCAACUGGGGAAUGGGACCACCAACCAAGGCAUUGCUCCUGUCCAAGUCUGUACUAAUCUCUUGAUCAAGCAGGUGGUUGAAGUAGCUUGUGGUUCACAUCAUUCGAUGGCUUUAGCAGCUGAUGGAGAGUUAUUUGCUUGGGGCUAUAACAACUGUGGUCAGGUGGGAUCAGGAUCCACAGCCAAUCAGCCAACUCCUCGGAAAGUUACAAACUGUUUACACACCAAGAGAGUGGUCAGCAUUGCCUGUGGUCAGACCUCCUCCAUGGCUGUUCUGGACAGUGGUGAGGUGUAUGGCUGGGGCUACAAUGGCAAUGGACAGCUGGGCUUGGGAAACAAUGGCAACCAGUUGACCCCAGUGAGAGUGGCGGCUCUGCACGGCAUGUGUGUGAACCAGAUUGUCUGUGGUUAUGCACAUACACUAGCACUCACAGAUGAGGGCUUGCUCUAUGCCUGGGGAGCUAACACAUAUGGGCAGCUGGGAACUGGAAGUAAAAAUAACCUGCUGAGCCCAACACAAAUCAUGGUGGAAAAAGAAAGGGUUAUAGAGAUUGCAGCUUGUCACUCCACCCAUACAUCUGCUGCCAAGACACAAGGUGGGCACGUGUACAUGUGGGGCCAGUGCCGGGGCCAGUCGGUGAUCCUUCCGCACCUCACCCACUUCUCCUGCACCGAUGACGUGUUUGCCUGCUUUGGCACCCCGGCUGUCUCCUGGCGCCUCCUGUCUGUAGAGCAUGAAGACUUUUUAACAGUUGCAGAGUCACUGAAGAAAGAAUUUGAUAGUCCAGAAACUGCUGAUCUAAAGUUUCGAAUUGAUGGAAAAUAUAUUCAUGUCCAUAAAGCUGUUCUGAAAAUCAGGUGUGAGCACUUUCGAUCCAUGUUUCAGUCCUAUUGGAAUGAGGAUAUGAAGGAAGUGAUAGAGAUAGACCAGUUUUCUUACCCUGUGUACCGUGCCUUUCUCCAGUACCUCUAUACAGACACAGUGGACCUGCCACCUGAGGAUGCUAUAGGCCUUUUGGACUUGGCAACGUCAUACUGUGAGAACAGACUGAAGAGGCUUUGUCAGCACAUCAUCAAGCGAGGAAUUACUGUGGAGAACGCCUUUUCAUUGUUCUCUGCUGCAGUCAGAUAUGACGCAGAGGAUUUAGAAGAAUUCUGCUUUAAGUUUUGCAUCAAUCAUUUGACAGAAGUUACCCAGACUGCUGCGUUCUGGCAAAUGGAUGGUCCCCUGCUAAAGGAGUUCAUUGCUAAAGCCAGUAAAUGUGGAGCCUUUAAGAACUGAAGCCAAGGCUGCUGGGCUAGGUGUGAGAGCUCUGGGGCACUGGGGGUGCGGUGAUCCUGCAGGUAAAGCCCCACAUCAGAGACAGUGCUCUGUAGGAAUAUAUGAAGGAUAUUUGCUUCUUGUGAGUCCGUUUUUUACAACUCUUGUGUCUAGAUAUGUAUGUUUUACAUGUGUUUUUCUUACAUUUGAACUUUGGGAAAGGAUGAAAGUUUACAUGCUUUUGUUCUUUUAAUUUUGACGAGAGGAUGUUUUGAGCUUGUAUUAAGAAAGCCAGUAAAAUAUCCCUAGACCUUUGGCCACAAGCCUUUCCACAUGGUCUGUGGGGGCAUCAGCACUGUGGGGGUCUCUUAAGAAAUAUUCUUAAUAUGCAUUAAACCCACUUAAGCAGUCAAGAAAUAUUUAGGUUUGCUGAGAUGCUCUUAAGGGACAGGCACCUAGGGCUGAAAAGAUGGCUCAGCAGGUAAAGGCUCUUAUCACUAAGCCCGAUGACUUAACUUGAAUCCCCAGAAUCCACAUGGUGGAAAGAGAGAGCUGACUUACAAGUUGUCCCUCACUACCACACAUGUACCAUGUCUACACAAAGGCACAAUAAAGGAGAAAGAAGAAGAACUAAAAGAUGUGGGUCGCUAUAGAGAAGUGACAAGAAGUUCCUGUGAGAAGCUGAUGGUAAAAGAGCUUUGCUUGGAGAGGAGAGUGUUACAGAAAUUAGAGCCCAACUUCCCCCCAUUACCCAACAGUGCUUCACUAAGGUUGUGUUUGAGACCAGAGUUCACACGACCAUCCCCCUCUCCCUAAAGUUACUCACAAACACAUUCUAUAUGGCUGCUCUUUUCUGACUUGAUGUGAUUGUUAAAGCCACCCUUCUUACAGGACUCCAUAGAAUGCUCACCGUUUUCGGUGAUGGGAGGAGUCGAGGCCAAAAUCCAUCAAAACUUAAUUGAAGCUUCACCUUCACCUCUCCAGUCUUGGUUUUUUGUUUUGUUUUGUUUUUUCUUUCUUUCUAUAAUUGUGUUAGGAAUACAUUUGUCAUACGUUAAGCUAGGGCUCCCUAGUCAUGCCUUUCCUGAAAAGGUCAUUUGUAAAACACUAGGUCAGGGUGGAUGGUGGCUGAGGCACCAAAGACAGGCAGGCAUGUGUGUUGACAGACAAGAUAAAUAGGAACAAGAGCUCAAAGCCCCUCUUCCUGAUCCUGUCACAGCUGUUACCUGGUGCAUGGGUAAGUGACAACUGCCUCCUUAGUGGCAGUUUUCCUGGCCAGGAUGAUGAGUGGACAUUAAUCUGAACUGCUAUAGUGGAUGGACCUUCUGUAGAACCGCAGGCCUAUAGACUUAGAGCCUCAAAGCAGAAACUUUAGAACAUUUACUGGUGGUCUUACUUGAAAAACUUACCCACGAAAAAGCACAAAUUACACCUGCAAAUCCACACCCAUAGACAGUUCACCUGACAAAAACGUGCUGAGUUCCCGAUCCAGCUGAAGAUACACUUUUAGCUUGCUGAACAGCUAGGGUGUGUGUGUGUGUGUGUGUGUGUGUGUGUGUGUGUGUGUGGUAGUGAAAGAAAAGUCCUUUAAAAAGGGUUUGCAAUUUUUUUUUAAAAUGCAAUCUUUUUAUUUUUCUACUUGGUUUUGGUUAUAAUCAUAGAAAGCAAGAAACUAUUAUUGAAAUUAAUGUUUUCUUCUGAUAUAAUAAUGGAAGCCAGAGAAGUCACAUUUCUUAAAAGAUCCCAAACUGUAUCCUUGAAGUUACUGGAACCAGUUUUUAUACUUCAGUAAUUAGGAUGCAUUUAUGUAAUUUCUUGAUUGACAUGCUAAUAAACAAUCUCUGAAGGCA